CUUAUCGAUAAGCUCUACAACGCCUGCCCCUCUAUAUUCUUGCAGUUGUACCAGGGCAACUCUUCUAAUUGCUAACAUUUUAAACCUGUCCUCCAAUAAUCUUUCUUGAUCUCGUGACGAUCUGUCCGAGAAUCAAAGUCUGUCGUCAUGGAGGACAAUGCCGAAAAGGCGGAGGCCGAGACAUUCCUCAAGUCGCUUCUCAACAAGAACUUGCGCAUCUACACGACAGACGGGCGCCUAUUCAUAGGGACGUUUAAAUGCACCGAUACCCAUAGCAACGUCGUCCUAUCGCUCUGCUACGAGUACAGGCAGCCGUCGCAACAGAAACUUGCCGAAGCUGCAGCCGCAGCAGCAGCCAGCGGCUCCGGCAAGGAGACGGUCACCGCGGACAUGACAUCGCGUUACUUGGGACUCGUCGUAGUCCCUGGUGAACACAUCGUCAAGAUGGAAGUCGAAGAAUUCGCUAGCCAGGUUAAAAGCCGCUCGAUAUUCGACAGAAAGGACAUUUACGGUCACCGAUGACGAGGGCGCUGGUGUUAAGACGUACGGAGUGGAAACUCACGCCUUUGCAUUACCUUCACGGCUGGUUAGGUCCUUAUGAUCUGAACCACGCUCAAUCUUAGAAACAGCCCUUACCUAGAGCCAAUCAACCUAAGAGGAGGUGCUCAGUCCAGGUAGGUGAGGUGCUUGCUGAGGACACUCGGUGAUACAGCGAGGAUGACUUGAUGUCAGGUAGUGACAUACAAAUACCUAUCUAGUGCAUAUGCUUGUCGCGUAUGUGGGAUCUACGAGGAUUGUUGAUGAUCCCCCAAUAGCAAUACCCCAACGAAGAAAAACCAUGUGCAGCGAGUUAGUUGCCUGGUUGCUUAAUCAAUAGAGCAUAUUCUGUACCAUAU